AUGCCCAGAGAACCAAAACCAGUGCUGCAUCCUCACGAGCCCUAUGAUCCUUACAAACUCUAUGAACAAUCAUUCAAACAAAAAGGACAAAGCAGAUAUGUUCUCUACAAGACGUACAAUUUAGGAAUGCUUUGGUGUUCAUUGACAUUUGGAUUUUUUGCACUUGAUGCAUUCAAUCCUUCACACUACAUUAGUGUUCGUUUGAACAUUUCGGAACAGGAAGCACAGGCCUAUGAUGAUUUAUUUGACUAUCCUCUUCGAAUUGCAUCGAUGGUGACAACAGGAAUUGCAUUUGUAUUGAGUGGAAUUUUAUUACUUCGGUUCUCUAUGCGACGAUCGAUUUAUUCAAAUAUUCACUUUGUUUUACAUUUCGGAACUUUGGCAGGGUUAGUAACGAGUGUCAUUGUACAGUAUCUAUCGAUUGUUGUUUUCUAUAUGAGCAUGAAUGGUGUAGUAGUAGAUAAUGAAAAGAUGGUUUAUUCUUUUCGUAUUAUCUGUGGCGUCGCACUGGCAGUUCAUGAGCUAUGUGCCUACAAAUUGCUCUCAGAGAUGUGUGAAACAAAUGGUUCGAGUCCUGGAAUUAUCAUCUCGUUUGCUCUCACCUCACGAAGUUUCAAGUUUGCUUUUGACGAAAUAAUUUCAUUGCAGGAUUGGAUUACACCAACACAAGUGAUGAGUGUUUUAUUGUAUUUGGGAUUUAUAGUCGUUAUUUUAGUGAUCUCGUAUACAAGUUUAGAGAUUUAUCAGUACCUUCAAAAUCAUCCCUCGUUAUUUGAUACAAAAAAGCAAACCUCAGAUUUGUUAAAGCAUCACAUUUAUGAUUCAAAGAAAAGGUUUUUUGAGAGAAUCAAAGAAGGAUUGAAAAGAAAUAUAGCAUACAUGAUCAUGAUGAUCUUUUUACUAUGUAUGACUGCAUUGUUUUGGUUUGGUGUUAGAAUCAUGCCUCUCAAUUCUGGGGGACAGUAUUGGGCUGAGCGUGUCAAUGUAGGGGUGAAUGAUAUCAUCUCAUUGAGAUUGGCCAUUCACUUUCUCAUCCUUGUCACACUUCCAUUUUUCGGAGCACUACUUGACCAAGGAGGUAAAAACAAGGAACAACGAAAGAAGGAGUUUCAACUGUUGGAAAUUAGAGAAAACAAAAAGACAAGCAUUCCUGAAAGCUCAAUUUCAAACAAAAGAAAAUCUUCAUUGCUGGAAAAGAUUUCAAAAUCAUUUCGAUUGAAAUUUAGAAUUGUUUUACUGUGUUUGGGAAUGAUCAUUGCAAUUAGUUCUUCAUUUUUCUACACGAUUGAUUCUCCUCAAAAUGUACCCCUUUAUGAUUUUUCACUUAAUAUUGUGACAUUCAUUCACUCUAUUGGAACUGCAAUGGCAACUAGUGCCAUACAUUUAAUACCAAAAUACUACUUUUCAGUGGUCAAUAAGGACGAAAUUGAAGAGAAGGCAAUUUAUUUGAAACGACGCUAUUACCGAAAUAUUCCACAAUAUUUAUUUUACCUUCAUAAUGUAUUUUAUGAACAAACAGAAUUUACUGGAGUGAGAUAUUUGGCGUGGUAUUCAUUACUAAGCACUAUUAAGAAUAUUUCUCUUCUCUAUCACAUGUAUGCCAAGUUUAGCAUGGAAAUACUCAUCAUUGCGGCCGUGUUAAUCUUUAUACUUUCCUUGAUUGCCUUUAUAGUAAUGACUGUAUUAUCCUAUGUUGAUUUUAAGUAUUUAAGGGCGAGAACUAGCAAUCAUUCCUCACAAAAAGAGAGUCUUCUUGAAAUUCCUCUCAUCUCUCCACAGGAGGAGCGUCGAGGGGAAAGUAUGGCUUCUCCCACGAGUACUUCUACUAACUUUGAUCCAUCGAGUUUCUUCACCAAGCAUGUAUUGCGAUUUAAGGGUUGGACUCGAUUAGCAGUGGUUGUGUUAACAUGGCCCAUUGAUUUAUUAAUGACUGCUAACGUUACACUUUUCAUUACGUGUCUUUGUGGAAUACCCACAAUCAUGUUGUCAUUUUACGAAGCGUUGGAACCUUCGAAUAGACAAAGUAGUCAUCCUGUUGAGAUUGCCUUCCUAUUUUGUCUAUUCUUAUUAUUUCUAUUUUCUUUUCUUUUUGUUUACAAGUCAACAUUCCUCAAAUUUAUGGGGCUCCAUUUCUUCAAGUGGACAAGAAGACUCUAUAAUUUAAUAUUUGAUAGUCCUUAUUCCACGAUUAGUGGUUAUGUGAAUUGUGCUUUUUCAUUUGCCAAGUAUGAAAGCAACUUGUUGGAGAUGAAAAAACAGAGAGAAAAGAGGGCAACGAAUAAGUCAGUUCCACUUGUGAAAACUUUGCAUAAUUUUAUUGACCCUGGUCAAAAGGACAGUUCCUACCAAUCCGAGGAAGAUGAGAAGCUUGGAGGAUAUUAUGUUUCCUAUGAGUUAAUGAGUACAACAGACAAGGAACAACCUGUCAUCCAUAGCAAUGAGGAUAAUUUGAUUUUAGAAGAAGAAACGAUUGAUUCAAAGCUAUUAACUCUUGCAGAUGAAGUGAAAGAAGACGAUUAUGUUAUUGUGACAGCCAAGGACGAUCGCGUAUUUCCAUACGAGGAUUUGGAAGACAACAAAAUUGAAAGAGUCAAAAUUCAACAUUUUAAAUCUAAGGAAGAUUAUGUGAAUUAUCUGAAUUCAACAGAGUUUUUACAAAAGUUCAAUGAGAGAGAUUAUUCAUUCACACGAAUUACAAACGGAACAGUUCUGUUCAAGAAGAGCAAAUAUAAGCAUGUCUAUACGAAUGAGAGAAAUUUGAAUUACAUUCGUUCCAUUAGGCCUGGAUCUAGCUUUACACUCUUUGUCAUUACCUAUUUUUGUGGAUAUUUCUUGAUCCCUCAAGUGUUUUCUUGGUUCAAAUUGGCACCGAUUCCCAUCGUAUCAAAUCCAUACACUUUCUUGAUUGUCACUUGUAAUUUCGUAUUUGGAUUUUUAAUGUUUUAUCCAUUAGUGGCUGUGUGGAUGGAUGUAAAUCAGUCCAUUACUGCUUCACUCAAAGAAGCAAUUGUCAUGCUUGAAGACACAAAAGAAAAACUUCAAAUUCAUCAUUCUUCAGAAAAUAUCGAAUAUGAUCCGACGAAACAAGUGAAAAUCAAAUGUUCAAAGGAUCAAUUUUACCUUUUCGAUUUGGACAUGAUCACCAAAUGGUACAAGAAUAUGACUUUUAUUCAGAAAACGGUGGAUGCGAAAAUGGCAACCAUGAGACACAACCUAAUUAUUGUGUUUGUUUUGGCAAAGGCAGGUUCUGUGGUACUUUCAUUAAUUUCUCUCUUCACAAAUAUCGAAUUCACUCCACAAAACUUUCAACCCAUGUACAUUGUACUUGGUUUGGAUAUGGCCGUCUUGUUCUUUGUAAUUGAUCCAUGCGCCACACUCUACUAUUUCCUUUGGAAGAAUAUUAUUACCAUGUUAAAGAUGAGAACUAAGGUGACUGGAUUGAUUCAUAACUAUCCUCAAGAUAAUAAGGAGAAAGUGAAUCAAUUUGCGCAAACCUUCCACUACAUUCAAUAUUGGAAUGAGUUGCAACGAAUGCAAAAUAUGAUUGGAUGCCGAUUUGAUAUUAAUGGAUAUCUAUUUCUUGUGGUGGACCAAAACAUGUACAAGAGUUGGUUCUAUUCCUUAUUGGCAACACUUCCUCCAGCAAUUGUCAAGUUGAUUAUUCAGAAAUUCUUCACGACGGGUGGAUUUUUCAAAAUUUAA